AUGUCUCCUGCCACUGCAUUAUCCUUCAACUUCACCAACUUCAACGAGAGUAUUCAUGACGUAAGAUAUGAAGGAGACGCAUAUCCUUUAGAUUCUGCAAUUCAGCUCACGGAUGACCAGAAUGAUCUCACAGGCCAUGUGACAUAUUUGGAACCGCUGCAUCUUUGGGACAAACCAACAGGUAGUGGUCUUGGUCUUGCCAGUGGGAACCAAACAUUGAACUCCACAGACAAUCCAUUUGCUGCUGUGGACAGUCUUGAUGGAAGAAAAAUGGAUGCUGGAAUUAGCUAUAAUUCUAGUUCCAAAAAUCUCUGUGUUUACUUCACUGGAGUAACAGAAGGUAUCAUUGUUCCACAGGUUCUUCGCCUUCAAAUUGAUCUAAGGGAUCACUUGCCUGAAUGGGUUGUGGUUGGUUUUUCAGCUGCUACAGGAUUAUACUCCGAGUUCCACACCAUCCACUCAUGGUCUUGCAAUUCAUAUUUCUCUUCACCUCCACCUCCUUCCUCCUCAUAUCCUCCUUCCCAUAUUCCUCACUGUCCUCCCAAAAAUGAUAAAUACAAGGUGUUAAUGAUAGUGGGAUUGUCAGUUGCUUGUUUGUUUUAG